ACUGUUUACUGAUUCCUCGUCUGAUCAAAUUCAUCGUGUACCUGAAAACAGAAACACCGAGGAUUCCUCACUUCAAAUUAUUGUAGAAUAAUCUAUUAAAAGCGUAUCACAACAACCCAUAGCAGACCUACUUUUACUACUUGUGCCAACCAUCUAUCAAAAUUCAUUUUUUCCUCGACUUGAGCUAAACGCUCACCGCGAACAUGGAAGUCGACUCUGAGUCUGAGGCUGUCGUGGUGCCACCGGCCGAAGACAAACUGACUCCACCGGUGCAGAUUUUCAGUUUUGAUCUGCUCAAGACCGCCCGGGCGAACCAAGACGCCAACGGCCUGCGCCACAACGAUCACUAUCGGUAUCGCCAAUACUGCACCCGACGACUCCAGCGCCUAUACAAAGCCGCGAAACGCGGGCACGGUAUAGAGAUGCAAAUUACGAACUUAUUUAUUAUGAAAUAUCAUUCGAAACCAUGCAAAAAUCUCCUGAAUCUAAGCAAUGCAUUCAGGAAUCUUGCAGCAGGAUGAUUGUAAAUGUUCCUAAUCUCGUUUCCCCACAAUAUUUAAUUAAUUUUCCAGGCAAGGGCCGCUGGAAGAAGGAGACGCCCAUCCUGGAGAUCAAAUGUGAGCAGGACCUGGAAAUUCUCCUGGUACAGACGGAGCGCAAUUGGUCCUUUUUCCAACAAUUGAAGGGGGACAAUGCGGUGCGCGCGGCCUUCUCCAGUGCCAGCAAGCAGCACAGCGUGCGCAAGCUAAGAAAAGCUAGUUCCUGUGCCAAGGUGCUGCACAAAUUUUCGCUCCACACCUGCGACCUGCGAACGCAAAGGGUAUCCUGUGCAAAAGUAUCGUACUCGUAGUAAUUGCUAUCAUGCAUGACAAAUAUCCCUUUUAGAGGUAAAUCAGCAUUACAAAUUCCAUUUUUCUUCUUGAAAAAAAUUGUGAUGCAAUUUAUACCAGUACAAUACUUUUGCAAUCCAUAAAGGGAAACGGAGGCCUACCAAUUCUACAUGGACUCACUACUGCUCAUGGAACAGGAAAACUUCGCGGCGGCGGCGAAAAUGCUCGAAAAGUACUUCGAGAGCUAUUAAACUGCUUGGUUUAUUGUUUUUGUUGGGCCGCAACGCGCCAGCGAAUAUAGUAGUGUUUCAUCGUCUGUACACAACUACGACUUGUUGCAUGAUCGUGAGUAAAAGCUAAUUGUUUUUCCCAUCCUAUUUGUGAUGGUCGUGAUAUCUUCGGUAGCAAACGACCCCCCAUCAAUAACUCCAUAUCAGGUGCCGUUCCGCGUACGAGCGUCUGGCUGCCGCUUCCAAAGACCCGGAUUUGUACAAAACCAUGGUGGAAGAAGUCGACCCGCUGCUGAAGCGCUGCAAGCACAACGCGGGGGUGCUGAACCAGGAAGCGAGCAAGCAGAGCACGUCCUCGAGCAUCACCAAGGUCGACGACGUGGAAAUGGAAGAAAUCGUCGAGACCUACUCCUUUCGCGGCCAAAAAAUCGACUGCACGUCGGGGCAGACGAAGGAAAAGCUCGACUUGGCCUUCGCAGCGGUGGAAAAAGCCCGAGGGUAUCCUGUGUGCAAGUAUCGUACUCGUAUUGCAAUCAUGCAUUACAAAUCUUUUUCUCAAGGUAAAUCCGCAUUGCAAAUUUUGUCUCUCAUGCUGAGGGAAUUUGUCAUGCAUUUAUACGAGUGCGAUACUUUUGCAGUUCAUAGGGGGAAAGUGCUAGCGACUUCUAGCACGACAACAACCACCAGCGGCGCAAGUAGUUCGAGCACCAGUGCUGGGGGGAAAAUGAACGCCAGCAGUAUAACAACGCAGAGCGCCGUGGAGCAAAUUUACGCGGAGGGCGUCAAUUUGAUGCAGGACGCCUUGGCAAGUAUCCAUGAAGAGAUGCUCCGGAAAGGGGAUAAGGUGGCCGCUUUGGAAAAAAUGUGCCGCGAACAGCUCACGGCCAUCUGUGUCGGUAUUGAUAAAGGAUACUAAAGAAUAUAAUUAGAAAAUUGUUUUCUACUUCUUAAGAAGCACGAUCGCUUUUUACUAGAACCACCACACCACAUUCAUGAUUUCCCAACCUAGAAGUGCCGUCAUUUUUAGAAGCACUAUUCGUUCUUGUCAAAAACUUGCUGUGUAUCGAAAAUACAACCUCAAAUCAUUUCCCAGAACGCGACUUGCUUUUCCUGGAACGGCUUGGUGCGAAAAUAGACGGUCUUUCCUCCAUCGAGCAGCUCGGCGCCAAGGGGGCACGGCCGGAAGAGGGCGUGCGGUUUGCGGAGCUGAUUAAGUCGCAAUUCGGAAAAUUGGAAAGCGAAGAGCUGGAAGACGGUCUGGCAGACGUCGAAAACCUUUUGAUGAACCUACGCGGCUUUUUUGUUGGUACAAAAGUAUUGGAAGUUUGCAUUUGGAAGAAUCUUUAUCUUGUUCAUUCGCAUGUUGAUGUCGAUGUCGUUGGGUAUGAUGGAAAGCAGCAGGCAUCCAACAUUUCUAUGGGUCUUCCUCCUGUUGUACUUCACAAUAAUAUCAACGACUACAUAUUGCAACUUUUUCACUUUUCAUUCUCUUCAUCAUUCGUUCCUACCUUCUUCGAAAUUUCACAACAGCGCUCUGCUACCUCUGUUGCGGCAAGUACGCAGAGGCGUCGGGUAUUUUGGAGCUCAUACGCGGCCGCAUGGAGAUGCAGCAAACGGAAGAGCCACUGACGCUCCCGGAACCCUUCCAGCAAGCGACAAAAAUUCUCAAUACACUGCGUAGUGACCUCCCGAACAGAGCCAUGGCGUAUUUAUCUUAGUCUACUUUGUUCAUCUCUUUUUUUUUGGAUUUAUAAAAUCGCGACGUAGCUCGUUUCUGAACUACGCGGUCAUGAUGUUGCGAAUUUGGUUCAAGUCAAGAAAGGAUGAAUGAUUCAAUGUCUUCUUCUAAUCCAUUUCCAUAUCCAGAUGUCUACAAACACAAAAUUUCCCAGGUGGCACGCACGUAGUAUGGUUCUGUCGGUACCCGGAGCGCUGGAUGAGCCCGGGGCAACGUCCGGACAGUCAAGUGCUGCGCCGCUUCUGUCUUCUACUGCGAAUAACCAGCUCCCCGGCACGGUCUUUCCCAAUGUGCCACUGGAGUUGCUCCACCUGCCGCCCAUCAUCAACGACCUUGCGGAGCUCGAGCUGCCCGGCCCCAACUUGGAAGAGUUUCUGCCGAAAAAACAGGGCAAGAUCAAGGGCGCAUUGAAUAAAAUCGGGGGCGCGCUCGGCGGACUCUGGGGCCGGGGGAGGGGAUAGAGUAGAGGCCCGCAUUUUUUAAGUACUGCAUCGCUGGGUUUUCCUUCGCGUUCGCAGCUUCUGUCACAACUAGUAUGUAAAGUGCCAUCUAUUCAUUGGUUGGAUCAUGGAGGUCUUCUCAAACAUCAGUAGUACCCUAAUUGUCUGUACCCUUCUUGGUCGCUUUUUUUAGUUACCGCGUAAACCCCCCGCCCCCCCCCCCCAUGAGCAGGUUGAUAAUGUGAUGCCACCACGAGCACGACGACCCGUAAAUCAUGAAUUUCAACUACCCAUGAGUGUCACCGACGAUAGAGCUUUCCAC